AAGCUGCAUCUUUGGCGUCCUUGUCCUACUACAACUAUCCUCAUAGUUAUACCUCCUUUUCUUGGCCACCUCCAGGAAAAAUCAAGGAACCAAACGGGUUCGUUGGUUCAGAAUCUAGGCCUAUGGCGAUGAAGAUGAUGCUUGGAGCUGGUGCUGGACGAGGACAAGGAGAUGAGCCUCCUUUUCCGAUGAUGCCAGGCCUGACGUUACCGGAGCAAGAAUGCUCUUUCCCGUUUAUUUCGACACCGGAACAGGCGGCAGAAUUUCUUUUUUAUGGUUAUGCGAUGAUGCCUCCGGA